AUGGCCUUCUUCAUGGUGGACCAUGUUUUCAAUGCAAUCUUCGUUCUGGAGAUUGCAUGGCGCUUGUACGUGCACAAGCUCCAAUUUCUUUGCGAUGUCUUCGGCGUCUUUGACGUGCUUGUCGUGGUAGCCACCAGCAUCGAUGUCUACGUGCUGCAGCCGUUUGAUGCUGGGUAUGCCCAAAAUUUCGCCGUUGGGCGACUGACUCGCAUCUUCCGCCUGAUGCGAAUAUUCAGGGUUCUUCGAGUGAUGCGCUUCGCCAAGAAUCUGCAGCAGCUCCGACUGCUUGGAGACGUCCUGUCCAAAUGCUUGAGCCCAUUGAUGUGGGCUUUGCUGGUACUGGGCAUCAUCAUGGUUGGCACGGGUGUCUUGAUGUCACAGCUGCUUGUCGAGCACGUCCUGGACACCACGGCCGAUGAAGAAAACCGAAUGUGGGUCUACAAUUACUACGGGAACGCCAUCAAAGCCACGUACUCCGUCUUUGAGGCGACCUUCUCGGGCUCCUGGCCUCUGCUAGCGCGGCCCUUGAUCCACGAGGUCAGCGAGUGGUUCUGCCUCUUCUGGAUCGCGUAUCAAGUCGUCAUCGGUUUCGCGGUGAUGCGUGUCAUCGGCGCAUUGUUCCUGAACGAAACGAUCCGUGCUGCUAACUCAGACGGUGAGGCGGAGGUACUGCGGAAGAUGAAGGAGAAGGAGGCUUUCAGCCAGAAGGUCUACCAAUUCUUCACGGCUGCCGACGCUUCGGGCGACGGGCGCCUCUCUUACGAGGAGCUAGAAGCAGCCCUUCAGGAGCCGGGCGUGGAGGCCUGGCUUAAAGCCCUGGAGCUCGAGAUACACGAAGCUUACACGCUGUUUAGCCUGUUGGAUGACGAUCAAGAUGGAGAAGUGUCCUAUGAAGAAUUCCUUCACAGCGCCCUCAGACUGAAAGGGAACGCCAGGGCCAUCGAUUCCAUCAUGAUCAUGCACGAGCAGGUGAAGAUGCAUGAUGCUUUGAAGCGUCUCUCUGACAUGGUGACCAGCUCCUUCAACGAGGCGCAGAAGAUCCGCGACCGGAUCGAGGGUAAGAUGGGCCCCAAGACGGUUCCCGAGGUCCAAGUGAGGCAUCACCAGACGGACCACCGCAACUCUAUGGCUUCCGGCUUCAAUUACUUGAGCGACCUCUUCAUCCCACCGGAGAAGGUGAAGCAACGCAUCGCUCAGAGGAGGUCCACGAAUGCUUCCUGGAUGCCGGUGAAUGCCAGCUUUGCACCAGCCACUCAAGUGCUACCGCUGCGUGCCCAGGACGUAGGUGAGAAAUGUUUUGCAAUGGUCGCAGGGGGAUUGCCAGCAGACGAGAGGUCAGGGACUGCGAAGCAGACCCACACCUCUGAACAGAUCAAUGUCUGCUUUGUGACCAGAGAUGGGAGGAGCGAUCUACACAUGGACAUCCUGCGAAUCGUAGGUCUCUUCCUGAGAGACCCCUUUCUAGUGCACGUCUCCUUGGAAGAUACCACCGGAGAUGUUCCACAGUCCUGCGGGUUUGCGCAGCAAAGCUCCCUGCUCCCAGCCCUGGGCGCUAUCGAAGAGAUCCAGUCUGCCAGGAGUGGUGAGAUCAUAGGUGAGAUCAGGGAGGCCGCCGGUUCCGGGAUUCGGCAGAUCGCCCUGAGCAACGCCUUCCUUGCAGAAGGCAAGAUCGCAUGCGGCGAGGUCAAGCUCGCGACCAUUCCCGGAGAGCUCCCUAUCCCAAUUGGAACUGCGGGCAUCCUCGGCCUGGACUUCCUGGCGCUCUUCGACUGGGACUUCGAUGUCCGCUCCGAGAAGGUCCGCAUCGCCACCGCACCCAAAGAUCGCCGCGCCCCCGUCCAGUUCGACGUGGAUGGCAUGGUGGUGGUGCCGCUGACCAAGAUCCGCACCCCUAGCCGUGCAGAGCUGUACGCCUGCAGCGUCAAGGUGGUUGUGCCCGGUGAUGACGUGCAGGAUGUGAAGCUUCGCAGUAUUCAAGGUUUGCCAGACCUCGCAUCGUCACACACGAUGUGCAACAAGGCCGCCGCAAAGCCGCUGCGGAAGGGUGCGACAGUUAGCCAGGAGAAAGCGCAAAAGAAGUCCACUGGCUUCGGGUCGGGCCUGACUGUCAAGGAGUCGAAGACGAAGAAGAGGUCCAGUUCUAGCAAGAAACCGGAGGAGUUGCCUGCCACCUUUGGCAUUGGAAAGGGGCCCCGCCUUGCAAUACGGCAAGGUGCAGCCUUGGCGGGCGACUUGGACCCCUUCGAGGAGCUGAAGCUCACGGAGUGGCCCACGGUCAUUCUGGGUGCGGAUGUGCUCGCUCAGGAGCGGCUGGUUUUCUCGUUCCGGCAAAACAAGAUGUGGCUGACGCCGGGCACCGGCAGCAGCGUCUCCGCAACGCCCAUCGAUGUUUGA